AUAUUGAUAUCUGUUGCAACUGUAAGUUAUUGCAACUUUAACUGUCAAACGUGUGAUACGUUUUGAUAUACAAAUUCAUAACCACAAUGAGGGGACACUAUACGGUGAUUGUCGCCGCAUUAAUAUUCAUCGCUAUCAAAGUAUCUGCGAGGCAAAUUCCGAGGAAAGCAUUUAUAGAGUGUCCGCCAUCAGAAACCGUCAAACUGCCUUACCCAGAGGACUGUACUCCAUAUUAUUACGUUUGUAAAGACGGCAAUGGUACCCUUAAUAAGUGUCCCAACGGGAUGCACUUUAAUAAGGAUAUUAUUAUGUGUGACUUUCCAACUGCCGAAUGUCUUGCAUUAACAACACCUCCGACAAUUAACCCAACAACGGCUUCGACAAAACCUCCGACAGAUUCCCCAAAUCCUUGUUAAAAUAUUAAGUAAUUCCGAUAUAUAUAAGUCAUACUCUUAUGAACAUGGAAAAUUUAUUUUAUCAGUUAUUAUUAAUAAGGUUUAAAGUAAAUAAGUUAUAUCAAUAAAAGUUUACUAAUCUACUAUUUAAAACAAUUAUUUUUAACGAACAUUUAUUUGCUUUUGUGAACACUUUCAAAAAUUAACCUUUACAUUUUGACUUAUAUCAACUUUUACAUAAAUGAAAUAAUAAAACUGAAUGAAGAAUACAA